AUGAUGGCACAUGCCACGUUUACGCCGGAAGGUCAGAUAACGGAGUCGUUUCGGCUCUUGAGCGGCCACAAAAUCCCAGCCGUUGGAUUGGGCACGUGGCGAUCUGGGUCUCAGGCCACUCACGCCGUUUUCACUGCACUCGUAGAGGGUGGUUAUAGGCACAUAGAUACUGCAUGGGAGUAUGGUGAUCAGAAAGAGGUCGGUGAAGGGAUCAAGAGGGCGAUGCAUGCUGGUAUUGAGAGGAGAGACCUCUUUGUGACAUCGAAGCUUUGGUGCACAGAGUUAUCUCCUGAGAGAGUGCGUCCUACUUUGCAAAUUACUCUUCAAGAGCUUCAAUUAGAGUAUCUUGAUCUCUACUUGAUUCACUGGCCUUUCCGGCUAAGUGAAGGAGCUAGUAAGCCACCAAAGGAAGGAGACGUCUUUGACUUCGACAUGGAAGGUGUUUGGAGAGAAAUGGAGAAGCUUGCUAAAGACGAACUUGUCAGGGACAUUGGUGUUUGUAACUUCACCAUAACUAAGCUCAAUAAGCUUCUAGCAGUCGCUGAAUUGAUCCCUUCCGUUUGUCAGAUAGAAAUGCAUCCUGGUUGGAGAAAUGAUCAAAUGCUCCAGUUCUGCAAGAUAAAUGGGAUCCAUGUAACUGCUUAUUCGCCAUUGGGAUCUCAAGAAGGUGGGAGAUAUCUGAUACACGAUCAGACGGUAGAUAGGAUAGCGAAGAAGCUGAACAAGACUCCGGGACAGGUUCUAGUGAAAUGGGGUCUACAGAGAGGAACAAGUGUAAUCCCAAAGUCUUUGAAUCCAGAGAGGAUCAAAGAGAACAUCAAAGUGUUUGAUUGGGUGAUCCCUGAACAAGACUUCCAGGCUCUCAGUAGCAUCACUGACCAGAAGCGAGUGAUGGACAGUGAGGAUAUUUUCGUCAACAAGAUCGAAGGUCCACUCCGUAGCGUGGCUGAUAUUUGGGACCAGGAAGACUAA